CCCAGUACCAAUACUCGUCCUAACCUCCUCAGCUAGCUCAGUUGCGAUUACAACCAAGUAGCACACACAGCUAGCUCCCAUACUGAUUAGAUAUUUUGAUGGGGAACACACACCAGGCCGGCAUCAAGAAAGAUGAUCAUGGCGGGAGCCAAGACCAGCAGCCACAGGCGGCCUCCGUUGCCACUGAUCAGCUCCGAGCCGGCGUCAAGGGAGAUGGAGGCUGCAGUCACGACCAGCAGCCACAGGUGGUCGACCUUGAUCAGUUCCAGGCCGGCGCUGCAGAUAGAGCACGAAACCAGCUGCAGCCUCUCGGUGGUGACGGCGGAGGGCAUGACGUUGAGACCACCUCCAUGAAUAUCUCAGCUAUGGAGUCUACUAGGAAACUUAAAAGCAUCACUGUAGGACAACAAAACUGCAGAGUCUUUGCACGUCUAAUAAGACUUUGGGAUGCAAUAAACAGUAAUCCAAGAUAUGGAGAUGCAUUGAUCAGUAUUGAUGGCAUUCUAUUAGAUGAAGAUGGCACCAUGGCACAGAUCAGUGUGCCCAAGAAAUUUGAAAGACAAUUCCGCCGCUUACUAGCCCAAGGAUCUGUCUACUUUAUUUCAGAUAUUGCAGCUAUUGAUGCCAGAAGCAAAUCAUAUGUCUACCAGCAUCAGAACUAUAUGCUGCAAUUUAAACACGAGACAAAGGUCAUGAGAUCCAUUCAAGAGGGGCAAAUAUACCUGCACUUUCGUUUAACUUUUGUCCAUUUGACCAUAUGCCAAGAAAAGCAAUUCAUUCCAAACCACUCCUGGAUAUAAUAGGAGUAAUCAGUGAUGUUGGUCCAUAUGAUUAUGCUAGCCCAACAUCUCAAAAGAAACUUCGAAAGAUUAAAAUUCGCAACCUUGAUAAACAAACGAAAGAAUUAAUUCUAUGGGGAGAACAUGGAGAAUCAUUUGAUGAAGAAUCAGUGCUUAAAAAAUCUAAACAAGGAAUUGUGAUAGCCAUUUUUGCUGGUAUUACUGCAUCAAUACAGAAAUUUACAGGUAUGAUACAAGGAUCCUCAAGUUCUGCAACUCAAAUAUAUCUUGACCUCGAUAUACCUGAAGUUCAAAAGUAUCGCACUAGCUAUCAAUGGAAAUGUCCAGCUCUGCAAAAGCAUCUCCCUCAAGUUACACAACUAUCUCAACAUGAAGCUGCAGGCAAGCUAUACACCAUUAAACAAAUAUCUACACUGCCAGCUUCAUCAUUUCAGGGAGGAGCAGCCUUCAGUACAGUUGCAGAAGUAACAUCAAUUAUACCGUCAGUCAAAUGGUACUACAAAGGAUGCAUGUGUUGUGGAAAAGGAUACAAGAAGAUGUCAGAUACCCCAACAUGCACCUGCCAAUUUCCAGUUCCAAGCCCGAUGUACAAACUUCCGCUUACAAUCACAGAUAGCUCAGGAAGUUUGGAUGCAAUAGCAUUCUCUAAAGUAGCUGAAAACUUAGUUGAGCAUCACGCUGACCAAGUUUCUAUGAACAUGAAGAUUGAUGCUACAGAUCAUGCGAUUGCCCUUGAGAAUGCCAUUGGUAAAGAAAGAUUAUUUUAUAUUGGAAUGAAUAAUGCUGGCAAGUACCCUAUAAAGUAUGUCCUAAAAAGAAGUUUCUCCAUGGACAAUACAAACUCAAUGCCCAUGCUAACUGUUCCAAAGGCAACACACGAUGAAAACCUACUUUCCAUUCCAACGUCAUCUGCCAUAAUUACACAAAGUCCAAUUGCACAGCAACCAGAUGACUCCUACAAAAGUACACCUCCAGUUGAUGCGCAAACAACUAUCCACAUGAAGGAAAACGAAACCAGAUCUGGAGCAAAAAGAAGCAUUGAUUUUAAUGAAGAAGAUACCGACAAAUCAAACAGGUCAAUUAAUGAAAACAAUGGCAAAAAACAAGACAUCAUCUUUGGCGAGAAAUCAACAAAUCAACUUCCUAUCAGCUCAACGGAACUGGAUCAUACUCCUACGAAAAAACACAAACAAUGACGAUACCACUGUGAUAAGCUACUACAAAAAGCCGGAGUAAACCAAACAUGCAGGCGAUAUGUCAUUGAACACGUAGGAGAUCUUCCGGUAUGCUUCCAACAAAUAAUAAGCUUCACUACCUAGAACCACGACCUUCACAGCCUAUAACCGCAACGACACGGCAUUGAUCAAAAUUUGUACCAGCUUCUAUCGUAACCAUGAAAUGCGGGCCAAUUAAUGGUAAUGGUCGCCAGUUGGGUAAUAACUGGCAAUCGUGAAAUAUUGCAACACGAGCAGGCCAACCGUACGUCGUUUAGUGGUUUGUUGGUGCUUGGUCUGUACUGAUUCUACAAGCUUGCCUGUACUUCAGAAUUUAGAUAGUCAAUUGUUGUUGCUUGUAAAUGUCAUUUGUUUGCAUGUAAAAGUAACAUUCAAUGAGUUAAUGUUGUAAAAGUACGUCGUUUGUACUGAUUCUACAA